CUAUUUUCUUUCUAAUCCUCAAUCUUUGUUGUAUGAACAGAUUGAAAACUAUGAAGAUAGUGAAAAUGAAGAUAAUUGUUCAUUACAAUUUAAUCUUGCUUCAAUUAUCAUUGGAAAUUACAAAUCUAAAAAGUUUGAAACUGUAACAGUGUCUUUUAACUCUGACAAUGAUGCAAUUUGUUUUGGACUUGAUUGUGGGAGAUUGGAUAUUCAGUUUAUGGGUGUUGAAUCUUAUGAACGAGAGGACCGAAAGAUUUGUUUAAAAUUACGUAAUGAUAUAGUUCAAACAAAAAUUACUGAAAACGAAAUUACAAUCUCCAUUGAUCCAACUUGUGGUGAAUUGUUAAAGGCAGAUAGAAUUAUUAUGUUCGUUGCAGAUUAUGAAAAGGUAUCAGCCUUGGACAAGGAAUUUCGGUAG